CAAACUAUCCAUAUAUAUUAUAUAUACACACACAAUGCACCUAUCUCUCCAAUCACAUGUGACUUAAGAAAUUAGCAUCAAUGGCCAACAAACAUCAAGGCAACAAUUCUGUCUUGAAACUUUGUUGUUCAUCAAACCGUGCUAUAACCUUAAUACAAAAAGUCAUUGCAGAAAUUAUUGGUACAUAUUUUCUAGUCUUUGCCGGUUGUGGCGCCGUAGCAGUGAAUAAAAUCUAUGGCUCAAUCACUUUCCCAGGGAUUUGUAUCACUUGGGGGUUGAUUGUAACCGUCAUGUGUUACUCCGUUGGUCAUAUCUCUGGUGGCCUUUUCAAUCCAGCCGUUGCCAUAACUUGGGCCAUCUUUCGCCGAAUAACAAUUCUAGAAGCUCCACUUUAUAUCGCAGCUGAGUUACUUGGCUCGACCCUCGCGAGUGUCACAUUAUCUCUAAUGUUUGAUAUAACACCAAAAUCUUAUUUUGGAACGGUACCAGUUGGAUCGGACGGUCAAUCUCUAGUUGUCGAAAUAAUUAUAAGUUUUUUGUUAAUGUUUGUGAUUUCAGCUGUUACAACAGAUGAUAGAGCGGUUGAUGAUUCCGCGAGUGUCGCGGUUGGAAUGACAAUAAUGUUGAAUCUUUUCAUUGCCGGACCUGUAUCUGGAGCAUCGAUGAAUCCAGCACGAAGUAUUGGUCCGGCAAUUGUGAUACAUAUUUAUAAAGGGUUAUGGAUAUAUAUAGUUGGUCCAAUUGUUGGAGCCAUAGCUGGAGCACUUGCUUAUAACUUUCUUAGAUCUGUUUACAAGCCACCUUCAGAGUUAUCAUCAGCAGAUAAGUCACCAUCAGAAUUAGCAAUAGAUAAACAAUCUUCAGAGAUUACACCAGAACAACCAUUGAGGAGCAUAGUUGUAGAUUGAUUUAUGAGUGCUUUCUUAAUUUUGAAUUUAGUUGAGUGUGCUUUGCUUUUAUUUUAUGGAAAUUGUUGUAAUUAGGGUUCUUAGACCGUUUGUUUAAUAAGACGUGUUUGAGUUUUUGUGUAACAAAAUUAUUUAUUGCAUUAAGUUUAUAUGUUGGUUUA